AGAUCUCACACAGACUUAAGACCGUAUGAGUGCAGUGAUUGUGGGAAAUCUUUUACCACUACUUCUAUCCUCCGUGCUCACCAGAGAGUUCACACUGCAGAAAGGCCCUAUGAGUGCAGUGAAUGUGGCAAGUCCUUUGUCCGAAGGUAUAGUCUCAAAGUACACAUAAAGGUUCACUCAGGUGAAAGGCCUUAUAAGUGUAAUGAAUGUGAGAAAUCUUUUAAGUGGAAGUCCACAUUGAUUAAACACCAGAGAAUUCACACUGGAGAAAGGCCUUAUGAGUGCAGUGAAUGCGGGAAAUCUUUUAUCUGUAGGACUCACCUCCAUUAUCAUCACAGAAUUCACACUGGAGAAAGGCCUUAUGAGUGCAGUGAAUGUGGCAAGUCCUUUAUCCGAAGAAAUAUCCUCAAAGUACACGUAAAGGUUCACUCAGAUGAAAAGCCUUAUAAGUGUAAUGAAUGUGGGAAAUCUUUGAAGUGUAAGUCAACACUGAUUAAACACCAGAGAAUUCACACAGGAGAAAGGCCUUACGAGUGCAGUGAAUGUGGGAAAUCUUUUGCCACUAGUUCUAGACUUCAUACUGGAGAAAGGCCUUAUGAGUGCAGUGAAUGUGGGAAAUCUUUUACCGCUAAUUCGGCCCUCCAUUAUCACCAGAGAGUUCACACUGGAGAGAGACCUUAUGAGUGCAGUGAGUGUGGCAAGUCCUUUGUCCGAAGAAAUAGCCUGAGUGUGCACCUAAAGGUUCACUCAGGUGAAAAGCCUUAUAAGUGUAAUGAAUGUGGGAAAUCAUUGAAAUGUAAGUCAACAUUCGUUGAACACCAGAGAAUUCACACAGGAGACCGGCCUCAUGAGUGCCGUGAUUGUGGGAAAUCUUUUGCUACUAGAUCUGCCCUUCGUUCUCACCAGAGAGUUCACACUGGAGAACGGCCUUAUGAAUGCAGUGACUGUGGGAAGUCUUUUACCACUACUUCUCACCUUCGUUCUCACAAGAGAGUUCACAAUAGUGAAAGGCCUUAUGAAUGCAGUGAAUGUGGCAAGUCCUUUUGCCGAAGGAAUAGUCUCAAUGUACACAUCAAGGUUCACUCGGGUGAAAGGCCUUACAAAUGUAAUGUAUGUGGGAAAUCUUUGAACUAUAAGUCGACGUUCAUACAACACCAGAGAAUUCACACAGGAGAAAAGCCUUAUCUGUGCAGUGAAUGUGGGAAAUCUUUUAGUUAUAGCCGCGCCCUCCGGUAUCAUCGUCAAAGUCACCUUGCAGUAAGUCCUUAUGAUUGUAGUGAUUGUGGGAAAUCUUUUACUUGUAGUUCUUACCUCCGUGAUCACCAGAGAGUUCACACUGGAGAAAGGCCUUAUAAAUGCAAUCACUGUGGAAAAACUUUCACUUCUCGUUCCCUCCUCCGUUCUCACCAGAGACUUCACACUGGAAAAAGGCCUUAUGAGUGCAGUGAAUGUGGCAAGUCCUUCUUCCAAAGAAAUACCCUGAAUGUACACAUAAAGGUUCACUCAGGUGAAAAGCCUUAUAAGUGUAAUGAAUGUGGGAAAUUGUUGAAGUACAAGUCGACAUUCAUUCAACACCAGAGAAUUCACACCGGAGAAAGGCCUUAUGAGUGCAGUGAAU